AGGUCAACAUUUCAGUGAAAGCAUCACAACGGCAUAUAGAGCUGUUCCCAUUUGACCAAUUGGGCAAAGAGUCCUCAACUCCUCAUUCCAAUCUGCUCUCCUUUUCUAUCUUUAUUGUGUUUUCCCCUGUCCCCGACCUUUUUUCCUCCACUACCAUUCGAAAUUCGGAACCCCUUCACAUCUUUCGAUCUUUCUGUGAGUUUUAAUGGAAGAUUUCAGAUCUAAUUCAUGUGGGGAUGGGAGGAUGCAAAUGGAGAGCUACCAUGGAGGCAGACCCACUUCGUAUGGUAUGCAUGAUCUUAGAUGUUACAGUACUUCUUAUGCCUCUUCUGCACAUCAAACCCAGAUGGAUAAAGAGGUGAAGUUCAAGAAAGCGAAAAGCACUUCUGGGUCCUUAAAAGGUUGGAGCUUUAAUGAUCCUGAACUGCAGAGGAAGAAGAGGGUUGCUAGCUAUAAGGUGUAUACUGUGGAGGGGAAGGCGAAGGGAUCCUUGAGAAAGAGUUUUAGGUGGAUCAAGGACAGAUACACCCAAGUGGUGAAUGGAUGGUGGUGAUUGUUGGUCAUCCUCUUCUUAGGGUUGGAGAUCUAUCAGCUAAAUUUGAGGGAUUUGCUGACUCAAUUUGACUCACUUGGCAGGCAUGAUCUUGUCUGUUUAUGUGCAAAUCUCCCUACUUUUUCACCCCAUAUUAUAUGUUGUACAUGUUUCUUCAGUAGAUUUCUUUUUCUUGCAGAAAUGGAAAGCCCCUAGUAAAGUUUCUAUAUUUGAAGAAAGAUGAUUAGAUUCAGUACAUGUUUUCUUAUCCUCUUAUUGAUUUUUUCCUUUUUUUUUUUCUGUUGUGAAAUUGGGGCGAUACUGUCUUGAGUCCACAGAGAACAGAGAGUUGCAGGUUUUUUGACUAAUCAUUUACUGAACCCCUGGAAUGGCCUUUGACCACCUCUAAGCACCAAUUCCAUGUCCUUUUGCACAGAGAAAGCUUAACUCAAGCUUUGAUUGCAUUUGCAAUCUAAUAUGUGCCUACUGCCUAAAAUCCCUCUAAGCAUUACUUCUUCAUUUGAUUUGUUUAUGAAAAAUGUAGAUUGAAAUUAAAUCUAUUGCAGUUUUGAGGCCUUUUCCACUGUUUUAUAGCAAUUGUAAUAUGCAGUAGAAAAUUUUCCCCCCCUUUUGCUGGAUAAAGUGAGAGUGGACAGUUUAGCAUAUUUGUUUUACCUGAAGCAUUAAUGCCCAAGAAAAUGGUGAUAGGGAAAACAAGCAUUAUUAAGGAUUUGUAGUAUUUCUAUCUUAACUGAAAACCAUGAGAUUCAUGCUUUUGUAAUUAAAGUUCUGACACCAAGAUUGGCUCAAUUCAACUUGUUUUCCAUUUUGCCAAAAUUUUGGAAGUUUUUAUAUUACUUUCUUUCCUUGUUAAGUAUUAGAAUAGUUAAAUAAUAGAUUGAGUGAUAUCAUAGACGUUGGUUACACUGUCAGAACUUGGUAGUUAGUUAUUAUCUGUUCUGUGAUGGUAAAAUUUGACUCACUACUCAUGUCAUUCUAG